AUGUUCAAAUCAAGUCUAACAAAACAACAAUUAUUAUCAUUAAAUAAAACGACAGCUACAUCAAAGAACUUGUUCAAAAUGCCAAUUUUAGCCACCAAAAAGCCAUUUUCAUCUAGUUCAGCAAAAGGUGAAACUUAUAAAUUACAAUCACAAUUGCCUAAAUUACCGGUUCCUGAAUUACAAGAAACGGCCGCCAAGUAUAUUAAAUCAAUUGAACCGUUUUUGAAUCAACAACAAUUGCAAGAUUCUAAAGUCAAAAUUGAAGAUUUUAUUAAACCUGGUGGGGUUGGUGAAGAAUUACAACAAAGAUUGAAUUCAUUUGCCAAGAAUAAAGAUAAUUGGUUGGCUGAAUUUUGGGAUGAUUAUGCUUAUUUAUCAUAUAGAGAUCCUGUUGUUCCAUUCGUUUCGUAUUUCUUUUCUCAUAAGGAUGUGAAAAGUGUAGUUGGACAAGAUCAAUUGUUGAAAGCCACUUUGAUUGCUUACUAUACUAUUGAAUUUGCUGAACAAGUUCAAAAUGAAACUUUACAACCAGAAGUCAUCAAAGGUAAUCCCUUCUGCAUGAAUGCUUUUAAGUACAUGUUUAACAAUUCAAGAGUUCCAGCUGAAGGAUCCGAUGUUACUCAACAUUAUGAUGCUAAUGCUAAUAGAUUUUUCAUUGUUGUUUAUAAAAACAAUUUUUACAAGGUUCCAACUCAUAAUGAACAAGGUCAAAGAUUAACAAAGGGAGAGAUUUACAGUUACUUGCAACAAGUUAAGAAUGAUCCAACUCCAAAAGGCUUACCGGUUGGUGCUUUAACUUCAUUGAAUAGGGAUGAAUGGUUGAGUGCAUACAAUAAUCUUUUAAAAUCGCCAAUUAAUGAAGCUUCAUUAACCGAUAUUUUUGCUUCUGCAUUUGUGUUGUGUUUAGAUUCAAACAAUCCAAUUACCAUUGAAGAAAAAUCUAAGAACUGCUGGCAUGGGGAUGGACAAAAUAGAUGGUUUGAUAAACCAUUGGAAUUUUUCGUUAGUGCCAAUGGUAAUUCCGGUUUCCUUGGUGAACAUUCAAGAAUGGAUGCCACUCCUACUGUGCAAAUGAAUAAUACAGUUUUGAAGCAAAUUGCUGAAACUAACCCUGAUGAAUUGAUUGCUGAAAUCGCCACUGUUGCUCCAAAAGUUGGAAAAGCUGACAUUUUACCAUUUGACUUAAACCCAACAUCAAGGCAAAAUAUUGGUUCUGCAGUUGCUAAAUUCGAUGCUACUAUUGCUGCUCAUGAUGAAGAGAUUUUCCAACAUUAUGGUUACGGUAAGAACUUGAUUAAAAAAUUCAAGACUUCCCCAGAUGCGUAUGUACAAAUGUUGAUGCAAUUGGCUUAUUACAAAUUGACUGGUAAGGUUAGACCAACUUAUGAAUCCGCAGCAACUAGAAAAUUCUUAAAAGGAAGAACUGAAACUGGUAGAACUGUUUCUAACGAAUCCAAGAAAUUUGUUGAAACUUGGACAAAUCCAAAAGCUACCAUUGAAGAAAAAGUUGCCACUUUCCAAGCUGCUACUAAACAACACGUUGCUUAUUUGUCAUCAGCUGCCGAUGGAAAAGGUGUUGAUCGUCAUUUAUUUGGAUUGAAACAAAUGUUGAAACCAGGUGAAGAAAUCCCAGAAAUUUUUACUGAUCCAAUUUUCACCUAUUCUCAAACUUGGUACAUUUCAUCAUCACAAGUUCCUUCUGAGUACUUCCAAUCUUGGGGUUGGUCACAAGUUAUUGAUGAUGGAUUUGGAUUAGCUUAUUUGAUCAACAAUGAUUGGAUUCAUGUUCAUAUUUCAUGUAAAUAUGGUAAUGGUUUGAGUUCAGCCCAAUUGAAAUGGUUCCUUGUUGAUAGCGCUAAUGAAAUGCAAGAUGUUUUGGUUAAGGGAUUAUUGGGAGAUAAAGCUAAAUUGUAA